AUGAUCAGAUUUGAGUCAUCAUCACCGUUUUAUCAUUCAUCUAUCGAUGGUCUAUUAGGUUCAAUUUUUCCUCAUCCAUCUUCACGAAAUGAUUCUCUUCGUUCAAAUCAACAACAGCAUCAACAACACCACCACCAACAGCAUCAACAACACCACCACCAACAAAAACAACAACAACAUCGUCUAUCUUAUCCAUCAUCGUUCAAGAAUCAACAAAAAAUGCCCAUUUUAUCUGAUAUUUCAAAUCCAAUCAGUAUUAAUAAUACGAAUAAUAACAAUAUUCAAACAUUACAGUCAAAUAAUAGACAUUAUUCAUCAUCAAAUUAUUCUCUUCCUAAAACUUCUAAAUUGCCUGUUUCGAAUGUUUAUCGUUCACCAUCGACAACUUUCUCAUCAUCUCCAACUGUUCUUCGUUCAACAAAUAUUCGGUGGGAUUCAGAAAUUAAUGUUAAUCUAAAAUCAUUACCAUUAAUAAGUCAAAAAGCAAAUUUUCAUAUACAAAAAAUUCAUCCAAUUAAUAAUACAAAUAAUAUUAAUAACUUAAAUCGUUCUGAAUCAUUAAAAUAUUUAUCAAUCAAUACUACUCCUACUCCUACUCCUACUACUCCUCUUACUACUACUACUACUAAUAAUAAUAAUGCACUAGUCUAUAGUGACUUUUAUGUUCUAUUACCACCUGUAAACCAAAGAUUUAAAUUAGAUGCAAAACAGUUUUGUGGUCUCGCACCUAUACGUGAAAUUGAAAAAGAUAAUAUUCAGAAACAAUUACCAACAGUUAAAUUGUCACAAAUAAAUACAUCAUAUUUUACGAAUAAUAAUAGGGCUAAAAUAAAAACAACGCAUAUUGAAAUAGUAGAUAUACAGAGACCUGCUACGAACACUCCUCCUACAUCGACAGUAGUCUCAGAUAAGACUCAUUCGCCAUCAUCAACGACACUUCAAAAUACGAAUAAUACUGCGUCCUCGCUACCACAAUCUGAUUCAUCUCCUACAAUUAAUAGUGUACUAUCGACUGAUUUUUCGUCUUUAAAUACAAAUGCAAUACAUAGUGAUUUAUUACCAAUAGAAUCAAAUAUUAAAGAACAAGUUAGUGAUAAUGAAGAUGAAGAUGAUGCUCAUGAUAUACGAGGAUCAGAUGAUGAUGAACAAGAAGAUCCAAAAGAUUAUUGUAAAGGAGGAUAUCAUCCAAUUACAAUUGGAUGUAUAUUUAAUCAACGUUAUCAUGUUAUUAGAAAAUUAGGAUGGGGCCAUUUUUCUACAGUAUGGCUAUGUUGGGAUCGUAAAUCGGUACGUUUUGUGGCUAUGAAAGUUGUUAAAAGUGCUCGACAUUAUACCGAGACAGCAUUAGAUGAAAUUAAACUAUUGUCACAUGUUCGCGACACGGAUCCAUCUGAUCCAUUUCGUUUAAAAUGUGUACAAUUAUUAGAUGAUUUUAAAGUGUCAGGUAUUAAUGGUACUCACGUGUGUAUGGUAUUCGAAGUACUUGGUCAUAACUUAUUAAAAUUAAUAAUACGUUCUAAUUAUCGUGGUAUACCGAUAGCAAAUGUUAAGACAAUAAUUAAGCAAGUUUUACAAGGUCUUGAUUAUUUACAUAAAAAAUGUCAUAUUAUACAUACUGAUAUUAAACCAGAAAAUGUGUUAAUGUGUGUCGAUGAAGAACAUGUACGAGCACUGGCUUACCAAGCAGCCGAAUGGCAUAAACCAGGAAUUAAACCGGUUGGAUCUGCUGUGGCAACGGCACAUAUUGUUAAUAAACAAGAUCCAUCAAAAAUGUCCAAAAACAAAAAGAAAAAAUUAAAAAAGAAAGAAAAAAUUAAACAAAAAAUGUUAGAAUUAACCCAACAACAAAUACAAGAAGCUGAAAAACAAAAACAAAAUCUUCUUAGUUCACCAAGUCAAAUUAAUUUAAAUAAAUUGGUUAUCAGUGAUGAUAACAAUACACCAGCCGAUAGUUUGAAGACACCAACAACACCAGAUGCUAAUCUAGUUGUCAACAAAACAAAGUCGUCUGAAAUCAUUUCUCCUCCAGUUUUAAAUAGUACGAAUAUCAAUGGAUAUAACGAUAAAUCGCAUCAGCAACAAUCAAAACGAUCGCAAUCAGAUGAAACGAAACUUGAACCUUUAGCUACUGUGUUUAACGGUAAAGAAGAUGACGAUGAAGAAGACGAAGAUGAAACGGAACUGAAAGAUAAUGCAGCAACAGAUGUAACAGUAACAAAUGGUAGUGAACGAACGGCCAAUAAUAAUAAUAGUACGCCAACAACCACAACAAAUAACAAAAGACAAUCGGAACAAUCAUUAAAUGAAGCAGCAGCCCGUGCCGCAGCAGCUGCCAUUGCUGGAGAUAAUUUAAAUAAACCAGAACCAAGUGAUACCGUAUCAGCAGCCCGUCCAAUGGCUGAACGAACACCAAAUCCUGUCACAGAAAUUGUACCGGAAGAUAUUUUCCAAGUAAAAAUUGCUGAUUUAGGAAAUGCCUGUUGGACAUAUCAGCAUUUUACGGAAGAUAUUCAAACACGACAAUAUCGUUCGUUAGAAGUUAUUUUAGGAUCUGGUUAUGAUCCAUCAGCUGAUAUAUGGAGUGUUGCUUGUAUGGCAUUUGAAUUGGCUACUGGUGAUUAUUUAUUUGAACCACAUAGUGGUGAAGAUUAUAGCCGAGAUGAGGAUCAUAUUGCACAUAUUAUUGAAUUGUUGGGAGCUAUUCCUAUUGAAAUAGCACAUUCAGGAAGAUAUUCAAGAGAAUUUUUUAAUAAACGAGGUCUGCUUCGUAAUAUACGACAUUUGAAACCAUGGGAUUUAUUUCGUGUUCUAACAGAAAAGUAUAAAUGGCCACCGUAUGAUGCAAUUGAAUUUACUCAUUUUCUUGAACCGAUGUUAAGCUAUGACGUUCGUAUUCGUGCAACAGCAGCCGAAUGUUUACAAAAUCCAUGGAUUACGGGUGAACCUCUAUUUCCACCGGAUGACGGUUUAACAUAUCCUGAAAAUGAGCAACUUCUACAUAAUUCUGCCAUAAACAAUUUAUUUGAAUAUCGUGCAUCGAAUUUAAUGAAUAGUCAUAAUGAUCGUUAUUCUCCACCAUUAGAACAACAUCAGGUACCUGGUCAACAACAUAUGUACAUGAACUAUGAACGCGAUAAUGAAGCAGAAUCAAGUGAAAUGUCAACAGAAGAUGAAUCAGAUAAUGAAACAGAUGAAGAUGAUUAUGAGGAUCAAUCAUAG